GUUUUUCUCGCUAUAUUCAUGUCAAGUCUCGAUCAACUCAGCGGACUAAGGACAGGAGUGAAAAGGACUGACUCGACCUUCUCUUACGCCACCUCUAUGGCUAGUCGAUACAGCAACGACCCUCAUGCCGUGUUGUUGAGCCCUCCUCCGGAGGUGGAUAUCACAGUAGCAGCACAUGCAUCGGACGUUAUGUGGCCUAUGAAUAUGGGCACGAGGCAACAGAUAGAGCUGGCCAAGGCUAGGAAUGCUACUGUGUCGGCGUUACGGGGUAUGAGGAAAUUGGAAAGCGAGAUAAACGCGUUGAAGGGCCGAUUGCAGGAUGUGGAAAUGGAGAAAGAGGUGAAUGAGAAGCACAUGAGGGAAGAAAUUGAGCGAUUGAGGGCCCGUGGUGCCGUGAGGGUAGCUAGUGUUGAAGACGACGGUGGUGAUGAAGAGAUACCAGAUGAGGCCGACAGCACCGUUAGUAUAAUACAACCUACACAAGGUUGCAACGGUGAUGAGGGAUCUUCGAAGAGAUUCUUCGAUCGGGCUAUCGAGCAAACGUUGGAAUCAGCCAAGCAAGAAGGGGCAUCCAAUCGAUUUAUGAUGGGCCCUCCUGAAGGUCAGGACAUUACCUUGGAGAUGGCCAAUAGGGCCCUGGCUAAUGGAUGCAAGCAAAGAGAUGAAGAGAUCACUAAGCUCAAGGCCGAGCUGGAGAGAGUUACUAGUGAGCUCAACGAGUUGCGGACUAAAGAGAGGAUGCAGAGGUCCGAUAAGGAGGUGGCAAAGGGUGAUGAUGACGAUGAUAUGAUGAAGAGCAACGGUGACACGAAGGAUUGGAAGACAGUCGUGAGGAGCACAGCUGGUGAUGGGGGACAACAGGGAGAGAUGCCCAGUAGUUCACAGACGAACAGAGUGGAGCGGAAAUGCUGGAAUCUCUACACUGACGCCUCCGCAGCAGCGCAUUUGGGCCUGGGUCCACUCGCGGAGGUAAAGGACCUUCCAUGGUAG